UGUCAACUUUGUCGCGCGCUCGUGUGCCUCGGCAGCCGCGUCCAACGACGACGAAUGCAGCAGUAGCGGCUGCAGCUAAUACGUGGGAUUCCGCGAGUGCCCCGCGUAAGCAGUGCAACUAUAAACUCGGCGCGCGCCUCAUAAAACGCCGCGUGAGCGUGUUUUGUACGCUAAGUGCGCGGGCACUUAUACACGUAGAGAUAUUGUACGUUUACACGCCUACUCCCGCGGCAGCUCUCCGCGUUGUGUACGUACACAAAUCUAGGUGCGGAAAGUACUCGCGAUACAAUUGCACCCAAGUCUCGUACGCGUUUGCCAAUGUCGUCGUCUGCAGAACAGCCGCAUCUUUAUCUGAGCUCGUCGUCGUCGUCAUUAGUCGCAGCAAUAGUAUUGGCGAGCCGCUCCACCUCGUCGACACUUUCUACUCUUGUUUGUCCGAGGCGAUUGUCUUAUCAGCCCAAAAGAUGACGAGUUAAUGCCUCGAGCUUUGCGAAACAUAAGUCAUGUAAGAAAUCUUUCUUCUAUUUUCUUUCUCUCGAUCUUCGGUAUAGUGUACACAAGUGCUUGGGCGUAACUUUGAGUAUCGAUCGAACGCGCCUACGCUGCACAAGCAUAAAAAAAAAGAGAAAGACAAGUAAGUAAGAAUAACUCGGCCACCAUGUGUAUUAUGUUUGUUUACCGAAAUCCCGAUGCGGGACCGAGCGAAUACAAGCUCAUACUCAUCGCGAAUCGCGAUGAAUUUUACACGAGACCAGCCGAUCCGGCGCAUUACUGGCCCGAUUAUCCAGGAUGUCUUGGAGGUACGGAUAUGGAGCCCGGUCGGGAGAACGGAACUUGGCUCGCUGUGAACCACGCCAACGCUCGGAUCGGAGUGAUCUUGAACUUGCACGGUAAUCCAAAAUCGACCAAUACCAAGGGUCGAGGCUUUCUCGUGCGAGAUUACCUGAUAGAUCCGGACUCGACGAUCGAGCACGCGAACAAAUUGCACAAGACCAAUCAAGAGACUCACUGCUACAGUCCCUAUAAUUUCGUCAUGGUCGACAUGAAAAGCUGCGAUAUUUUCUACCUAAGCAGCGAGGAAAAUUACCCAGGACCAAAAAAAAUAGAUAAGAGUAUCCUAGGCUGCGGUAAUAGCGGAUUAGAGACGCCUUAUCAAAAAGUUUUAUUUGGGGAGAAACAGUUCAAGAACAUCGUUAAAGAUGCAAAAACAUCUGAUCAACAACGACUAAUGGAAGACUUGAUUGAAUUAUUAAAAUCUACCAAAAGACAUUUACCCGAUAAAGAAUUGGAAAAACGCGCUCCCAAAGAACAGAACGAACUCAGUUCAAUUUUUGUACAUCACGAAAAAGCAAAGUAUGGUACAAGAACUCAUACAAUAAUCUUAGUUGAUAACGCCGACAAACUGACUUUCAUUGAGGAAACCAUGAUGACGGAUGGAACGUGGAAACGACAAAUUUUUAAUAAUCUUAUGGAGUAAAUCAUGUAUUAU